AUGGCUAAUCGCGUACCUAGCCUAAUAGCACCGCACCGCUGUAGCUACAAUGAACGCCUGCGCCUCCUUGAGAGACGACGGUAUUUCAACAUCCACGAACUCUGCCAGGUUGUUGCCAGGUCUGUCGGCCAUUCUUCGGAUGAGAUUACUAGUUUCACAAAAGUUGCCGAAGGCGGUUCUUAUCGUGUUUUUGAAGCUACUUUCCAAGAUGGACUGAAGGUGAUGGUGCGCCUUCCAUACCCUUCGACGCUUCCUCAUAAAUAUGGUAUCGCCAGCGAAGUUGCAACGAUGGAAUUUCUACGACUGCACGGAGUUCCAAUUCCUAGGGUCUUCAGUUGGGACUCCUCGACAUCUAAUCAAGUUGGGUCUGAAUAUAUCAUCAUGGAGAAAGUUCCGGGUGUAGAGUUGGAAGAUACUUGGUAUAGUAUGACGUUACGAGAAAGGAUGGAUGUAGUAGAGAAGAUCGUUGAUAUUGAAAAGAUUCUCUUUGCUAUACGAUUCCCUGCCAGUGGCAGUCUAUAUUACAAAGAUUCCUUGGACUCCAAUAUAACGACAGCGAAUAUGUCACCAGACAUCAGCCAAAAGGGAACAGAUAAGUUUUGCAUUGGACCUUCAAGUGAACUACUUUGGUGGUAUCAAAUGCGAGAUGAAUUAGAUAUCAAUCGAGGCCCCUGGAAACAUUCCGAGGAUCUAUUGAAGGCGGUUGGUCAGAGAGAGUUGACCUGGCUUCGAAAAUUUGGCGAGCGACGUUUUCCCCGUGAACCGCUCUACAGAGAAUUUUAUGACCGCCAAAAGGUAGACCCGCAAGUGCAAAUAGGCAGUUUGUUGGACUAUCUGAAAGUUGCUCCGCACAUCGUUCCUGACAGAGAGGAACUGAAUCAACCUACGAUCCGUCACCCAGAUCUCUCACCCAGUAACAUCUUCGUCAAUAGAUCCGGCGAGAUCACUGGUGUCAUCGAUUGGCAGCGCAGCGCGAUUCUUCCCAUUUUCCUUCAAGCAAAGAUUCCAAAGCAUUUUCAGAACUAUGGCGACGAUGAUUCAGAGAACUUCCGACCCCCAACGCUUCCUGACAACUUCGACUCCUUGACCGAGAAUGAGAAGGAAAUGGAGGCGGAACUUUACCGCCGACGACAGCUCCACUAUUUUUAUCUGGGUUUUACUAAUCGCAACAAUAAGCCUCAUUUUCACGCGAUGGGAACAUAUGACCUUAUUGUAAGAAAUCGACUAUAUGACACUGCCAGCAGGCCGUGGGAAGGCGAUAAUACAUCACUCAAGGCGGAACUAGUACAUGCGUCGGCCUACUGGUCUGAUAUUGCCAAUUCGGCGACGAAAGGAGCUGGGUUCCCUGCUAAAUACUCCGAAGCAGAAGCCACAGACUGCCUCGAUAUUGACACGAAGCAGAAGAACGCAGAUGCACAAAUGCAGAAACUGCGCGACUUCAUUGGUGUUAACAUCGAUGGAUGGGUGCCGAAUGAAUCAUACAAUGAAGCAAAGGAGAAAGAGCAAUAUAUCAAACAUGAAAUGCUAGACGCUGCUGAAACAGACGAUGAGAGGAGGGAGCUAGACGAACAUUGGCCAUUCCAGGAUCACGAAGAGUUAGAUUAG